UAUUUCAUAACAGACAAUUUGUGCUUCUUGCUACAAUAACAUACCCAUCGACGAUAGUGAGUUAUUGAAUUUUGCUGAAAUUGGCAGAUUUUGAUCGGAAAAUGAAGGUUGCCAAAAGUGGGUCGAUCACCUCAGAAACAACAAGUUUUGAUAGUGCUAUUAUUCUCACAGGCUUUGGCAAAUUCCACAUCGAAACCAUAGCAGUAUGUUCGCUCUCAGUUCUAGUGGUGGGCUUCCAAAACGGUCUUUCGUCCUACGUCUUUCCUGCAGCCCAGUGCGAACUGAACCUGGAUUCCUUCCAGCUGGGCCUCCUCAACGUCGCCUUCCUCUUAGGAGGUGCUCUGAGUUGCUUUCUCUUCGGAACCCUAGCAGACAUGCUCGGAAGAAGGCCUGUCCUCAUUGGAACGCACCUGCUGAAUUCGGCUGUUACAAUUUUGAGUUCGACCAAUCCCACUGUGCAUAGUUUGAUAGUAUGCAGGUUUUUCAAUGGAUUUUUGAUAGGAGGACCGGGAAGUAUCAUCUACGCGUACAUUUCCGAGUUCCAGCCUCCCAAGUACCGCACCAUGAGUGUCUGCUACUGUGGGCUGUUCUUCACCUUGGCUUGGCUGCUUCUUCCUGUUUUAGCUUAUUUGGUUUUACCUUUGAACGUCAACUUGAAAGUAGGAGGUUUCUUCGUUUUAUCACCUUGGAGGCUCUUCCUCAUCAUACUCUCCCUGCCUGAAAUCACGGUGGGCCUCUGGUUGAUCAGGUUGCCCGAAAGUCCCAAAUUUUACGUCGCCAAAGGAUACCCUAGGAAGGCUCUUGUUGUUCUACGCAAGAUGUACUCCUCUAACUCUGGAAAAGGACCGGAGUCUUUCCCGGUCAAGAAUAUCAUCACAGAGGUGAACAUAGAAGUCAGCAGCGGCUCCAAAGUCACGUGCCGAGGGCAGAUUGCAAGAGUUAUGAGUGAGGUCGUCGACCAGAUGAAGAGUUUGUUCCAGAGGCAUUUGAUUGGUAGAACCGUACUCAUCAGUGGUAUAAUGUUCUCUAAUAUGUUUGGGAUGUUCGGUCUGGGACUAUGGCUUCCGGAUCUUUUGAUCAAAUUCGAGCAGUACCGAAGCCUCCACCCGAAUGAUACCAUUUCCCUCAAGGAACUCUCAUAUCUGAGAGAAGAAAGAAACAUCAGUUGUACUCCAUCGUUCGAACCUUCGGUUAUCCAAAGUACAGUGGCCAUGGGUGUAACUGCCCUCGUACUUAGCGGUUGCGCUUGCUGGGCUUCCACGAAAACAUCUGCCAAGAAUAUCAGCCUGGUAGCAAUGACAAUAGGGGGCGUGAGCUCUGGCCUCAUUUACUGGAUGAGUUCCUCCUUGCAGAACCUCAUAAUAGCCUGUAUUUUCCAGUCCACCAUGAUCAUCUCCAACAUGAGCAUUUCGGGCAUCGCAGUUGAACUGUUUCCGACUAAAGUUAACGGAGUGGCUAUCUGCUUCGUCCUUUGCAUUGGCAGGAUAGCUGCAGGGCUCAGCAACGUGCUUUUUGGAUACUUGAUGGACAGCCAGUGUGAAAUUCCCAUCUUUACUGUAGCUGCCGUAGUGACCUUGGGAGGAGGUGCUUGUCUGUUAGUACCGAACGCUAAACGAGAGGAUGUGGUACAAACCAGAAAGGGGUUUGAGAAGGAAGUGGAGAUUGCUGUGAUAUCUGAUAGGUUUAGAUGAGUUUAGGUAUAAAAUAUAAAAUAAAAAGCUGUGUAGUUCA